GAGUGCAAAAAUCCGUGACCCGGAAGUACAUCGUUAGCUGCUGGAAACAUGUUAGGUACUUGUUAGUUUUUUCAAGUUUAGUCGGGCUUCUGCUUAGCUAACCAUUUUUAUUGGGUCCACGCUAAGCUCAGCUUUCAGCCAGCUGUAGACGUGGAAAGAUGCGGGGCAUGGACAUCCUGGAGAACUUUGAGAUCUACAUCCCCAAAGAGGCAGAGGUGAAAAUCACCUCUAUUCAGACUCUGCCAACCUCCAUCUUGAGAAGGAUGGGGGUGCCCUGCUCUCGGGGUGGCAGUGCAAAGACAGGGUCCUCGCCUUCGGCCACGUGGAUCUCGCCAGUGGUCAUCCGAGAGAGAGGCUGUUCAUCGGCCAGCCCCACAGUGGACACAGCCAAGAUGAACCUGACCUCACUGGUGACCACAGAACCCAAGGCAGUCCAGGGUCCCUUCUUGAUGCCAUUCGUCUCCUCCAGCAGCAUGGCCUUCAAUGUCCUCAGGGAGUUCUUGCCCUCCAGACAGAACUUCCAGCAGGGUAUUGCCCCCGUCCCCCAUGGCCUGCCCCCUGUCCCCCACCAGGAUGCCAUCAUCAUCCACAAGGGGAGGAUCUUCCUGUCACUCAAGAAAGCAAAGACUGGCAGAGGAAAGAGGCAGCACAGCCCUGACCUGAAUAACUCGUUGUCUUCCAAGGCCCCUCAGAUCACACAGCGAAAACUGAUCUUCCUCUCACCUGCCAGGAAGAGCCAGAAGAAGUCCUGCCCCGCAUCUCCAAAGCCGUCUCCUAAAAAGCCCCAGGGGAAGUGGGCAUUGCUGCAGGGGUUCGGCCUGACCCACCAAGUCCAGGUGAAGUUGUCCAGAAUCCCCCAGGGGGACAUUGAGCCACAACAGACUGCCGAACAGGGUCACUCAGCGGAAGAGGAUCAUAACACAGAGCAAGAUCAAGUCAUACGGAAGUUAUUGAACGCCAACAGGUUGUUGAAGGAGACACCUGGCAGAUGUCCUGAACAGGAGAUGGAGUUGGUGACUCAAGAGGAAGACAAGCCUUUGAAUGAGGAGACCCAAGAAUCAUUACCAAAGACAGCAAAUCGUCACCCUUGCUCAAACGAAGGCUUUCAGGGCAGAGAUGGGAUUACCAGUGAGACAGAUGAUGAUGCUCAGGAGGAGGAGGAGCCUGAGGAAGAGGGAUGUCACAAUUUGGGUAGUGUCAAACAACGACGAGUUGAGGACAAAGGUAAGAGUGGGGCAGAGGGCCAAGCCACCAAUGGGGAUGAGUCUGAGGUGGAAGAUCUCUCUGUUACGGCUGUUGCUUUGAGUGACAGCUCACCUCCACCAGAGGCCCUGAAUGCAGACCAAAGCAGUGAUACGGUUAUGCAAGUUGACUUCAUGGGGGACAGUGUUCAGAGUUGGACGGCGGAGUGCCCAAUCAUACCCGCUCUAGCCCCCACCCCCAAACAGCACCAUGGUUUUGACUUUGAGCAUUCGGCCCGUGAGGAGAGGAUCAACCGUAUCAGGGCCAAACUGAGAGAGAGAGAGGCUGCCCUCAACAACCUGCGCUCUCCAAGUUGACUGUCUCCAAAGUGGGAAACAAUUAUUUCUAAGGGCCCUCACAGAUGUUGAAUGCCAUGAACGAUUAUUCCACACACUUUCAUUUCUAAGCGCUGCUAGAACAUCCAUUCUGUAACUGGUAAAGUAUUAUUAUUAUUAGACAUUUUUUUCGAACCCAUAAACUUCUCCACUCCUUAUCUUCCAAGACCUGUGAUCCAUCAUCUUAUGAUGGGCAAAAAUAUUUUACGUUAGAAGUAACUCAAAUCUAAAUUAUAUAAUUUUAUUCGAAAAUUCAGAAGGACUUUUUACUUUUCGUUUGAUUAUAUCUGAUGUGAAAGCAGCGUUUGUUUGAUCAAGCUUGCCCAGCUAUCAAAUUUGAAGAUUAGUUAUUAGAGUUGCAGUUAUUCUUUUAGGGCCCAAUUCAGACUUUUUUAUACACGUUUUGAUUUACGCACUUCUCCGUUGCUGGUAUUCAGAAUUGAAGGGCUUUGCAGGUGUGGCUCCCUUGCACUCACUGAAUAAAUAUAAUUAAAAUACUGAAAACCCUCCCACUUGCUGGCCAACAGAUUUUCUUGUUGAGGAUUCAUUUAAAUACGGUGUACCCUUUUAAAGCUACAAUAUGUAAAUUUUUGGGGCGACCAGACCAAAUUCACAUAGAAAUGUGUUUUAUAGAUCUGUCAUUCUCAUUGAAAGUAGUUCUAAGAAGCAGUUCUAUGUGUGCCAUUUCUAUGCUUCCUGUUCGUAAGUUUAGAUUUUGCGUCUUUCGGUUUUGUACACCAGAUUCAAACAGCUGACAGCUGGUUUAGAUGGUACAAUGAUUCUCUACACCAAACAUUGCUUGUUUUGUCACAAUCUGAAAUAAGGCAAACUUUGAAUUUUAGCAACCAGAAAAUGGCAGAGAGGUUUCUAAAUAUUGCACCUUUAAUUCAAAUUUUCUCGACAUACUCAUUAGAAUAUAUUGAGAGGACGAGUUCAGAAUAUGAAUCAAUGAAAGACACAAAUACUGCGUUGUCUUGGCUGUGUGCUUAGGGUUGUUGUGCUGUUGGAAGGGGAAGGGGUCUGAACAUUCCGAAUGCAAUGUAUAUUGCAUUCAGGGCCUAUUGCUAGUGACCCACUGGAUCAACCACACUUAUGUGACAGAGGAAAGACAUGGUAAACUAACCAUGUAAUGGAAGGAUGCAAAAUGUAGGCUACAAAUUUAAAGAGAACUAACUAAAGUGAUAGUUAUUUAUGUGGGUAUUACUGACGGUGGCUAAUAUUUAAUCCAAUAGAAAUUGUCAAAACAAACUGAAAAGUCAGGGCAUAUAAUUGAAACAUUCUCGAGUGCAUAAAUCAUCUCGGUAGGUUCGGAAUUACUGUCAGUGUGCACAGGUUACCAUAGGCUACAGCCUCGGCUUGGAUCUCCAAAUUUCAGCCCCUCAAAUGAUGAAGCCAUAGGCCUACAAUUACAAUUCUGAAUAACAUCACUGCUGUUUAUACUUCAUUGUGGAAAUACCUGACAAGUUGACAUGCUUUUCAGUUUGCUGAAAUAUGACUGGUUUCACAUUUUGUAUCCAGUGAUCAUAAGGUAAAAUGUAUCUAAAGCAAUUAAAUAAUAUUUACAAUCCCCCUUAUCCAAAUGGAUUACUCAUUUACCUAGCUCUUAUCAAUGUAUAAAUGACCGCGCAUGGAGAUUGGUGUUAUUUUUAUCGGGGGGGGAAUGAUUAGCUUUUCCACUUGGAACUGACAGGUUGCUCGACCAUCACAGUUUCCUCGUGAGUAACGGUGGUGGAUUUAUGAGAGAAUUCAGUCAAGUUCAGAACACAGCGUACCUGUAAGACACACCUCCACCACACCUUCAUUUCUUUGAUCGCCACAUUAAAUGCUUACCUUAGCUGGCACUGGCAUUUCCCCUAGCACAAGUUCAAGGUCAGAAUACGCAUAGAGAGAAGUGCCUAAAAACAGAAUAAAGUUCCAUUCAUGCGUGUGUAACUCUGGUCUGAAUUCUCCCUUUAGAGAAACAAUUAGUCACAUUUUUUUUCUUCAAAUUUUGAAUCUUGUGUUAAAAGUUCAAGUUGUAUCCUAUUCUCCCUCCAAUUGGAACAGUAUUUAUACUGAGGGUUGAAUAUUGUUUUGUUUUCAAGAUGUUUGUUAGAUGAUACUACAUAAGUUAUUACUAGAUGUUGAAAAUGAGUUUCUCUCAAGUUGUUACAUUUAUAAGUGGAGGAAUUUUUCAGGAAGCACAACACCCAGGUCGCCACCUGUGGCAGCAAAGUCUUACAAUGAUAGACUAGUCAAUGGGAAGUCUGAGUUCUGCCAAAUAACUUUGUUUUGUGUAGUCUCAUAACAUCGUUCUUGUGCAAUAAAGCAACCAAUGUUUGUA